AUGAAACGAUAUUCUAUCGUUUCUUCUUCCACCAGAAGGAAGUCUACAGCUACCGCGGGAAGUAGCAAAAACGAGGAGAAUAUCCUCAAAGAUGAGCCUGCUACGUUAGAGCUUGAGAGAUUGGAGCAGGAAAUCACGCUCUCUCUUCAGGAGAUCGAUAAAAAUCUUUCCAAAUCCAAUGCUAUAAUAAACGACAAGAUAUUCCCCGUUUUGAAGAAUUAUGGGCGAUCUUCAUCGCAAGUAUGGCAAAAUGUCAAUUUUUGGAAGUACUUUAUGGAACAAUCGGCAAAUGUAGAGUUACAUGGAUACGAAGAGCCUGCCAACCGUAGCACCGACACCAACACGCUUCACAACGCCAAGCUGGGGGGCGAUUUACUAGAUGAUGUUCAACUUCAAACCAACAGCGGACAAGCUGACGAAAGUGCUGGAAAGGUGGGUGAAGCUGAAAGCAACGAUAACGAAGGAAGUAAGUUUAAGAGACCUUUUAAUAAAGCGUUCCAGAAUGUGGAGGAUACUCCAACAUGGUCUACCGAACAGCCACAGCCCAAAACCAGAAUACAGUCUUCGACUCCACAAUACAAGAGAGUAGCAGCCACGGGGAAGUCUGGGUUCAGUAACCCUGGAAGGUUUGACUCUAGUGACAGUUUGAAGCUUCAGCCUCCAACCACUAUCACCAAUAUAUUCGAUUCUCCCCCAAAGAUUACCCACACCAUACGGAAAUCGUUAGAUAACUAUCAUAAAGUGUCCAUAUCUCCCAGAAAGAGAACGCCAGUGCGAGAACGAGAAAGUGAGUAUGAAAAUAGGAGGUCUUCUUUGAUUCAGAACUUGAUCGAUUCUUCUCCUACUCUACCAGAGCCACCUGUAUUGUUAUCUGAGUUUGGAGCUGGUAAGGAUGUCGAAGUCCUUUCUCCUGUGAGAUUGGAUGAAAGUGAGCUGAAGAGAGCUUCUUUGCAGAGGUUUCCUCUGACUCCAAAAUACAGAUCGUCCAACCCAGGAAGUAGAGGUGAAAGUCCCCGCAAGUCUGUGCUGCCAGCAAAGGCACGCUCAAUUCCGAUCCCUGGCCCUUCUUCCAGUGAAGAACUACCAAGAUCUCCAGAAUUGAAAUCCAAUCGAUCGCAAAAGAGUAAAAAGCCAAAGGCUGGCAAUGACGAUGAAGAUAACGUUUUCCUUGACACAACAACCAAGGCUGAUGGGGAUAACAACUCUGCAACCUCCACCGUUUACCACUCAAUAAUGAAGCAAGCAUCAAGAGAGAACUCGCAUAAUCACUCUGCUACAUUUAGCUUGUUCCAAGAAGUCCACGAGAACUCCUCAUUGACUAAGAAAGGCGAUGCAGAGGGCUCUGCAACCGUAGCCAACGAUAUUUUUGGCGAUAUAAUACCCAGACAAGAAGACGUCACUGGUGGAUCAACUGGAGAGUUGGGUUCUUUCCUUACUGAAAGAUUCAACAACUUUACGAAGUGA